AUGUCCAAGCCAAGAUUCAUCUGCACUCUCUUCAUCUCGCUUCCAGCGAUCGAUGCCACGCACAGGCUCUCCCUAACCGAGUACGCUUACCGCGAACCGGCGCGCGAUUUCCUGGCCGCUGUGGUCGGCACAACGGCUAGCAACUUCGAUGACUACCACCAACGCAGAGAAGAAUUCCGCGAAAGGGGUAGCUUCGAAUAUGACAACUACGGUGUGCACCUUUGGUUUGAUAAUGUUUUGGGGCUGUUGACGUAA